GAAUACCUCGAAAUGUCAAAAUUUUCUGUCUCGUCUCGCGAGUAACCCGAAUUGAAUUUGAUCAUUUAUUUUUUAAUCAACUGAAAGAAAGCACGAGUGUAAAAUAAAUUGUAUUGAUAAAAAAUGGUCGUGUUUAGCAGUCUCGUGCGAUCGGCCGGAGCCUUCUCCCAAUAUCGUGGCAUAUUGAAUUCUCCAGUCGCUAAAUAUGCUAUUCAAAAUCAAUUACGACAAAUGAGCGGACAUAAGUUCCAGAUCACACCAUCCAGAUUCCAAUGGCACAAAUUCAAGGAUAUGCUUCAUUUUUACGUAAUGCUUGGUCUAAUCCCAAUGACAGCAGUCAUAUUGUAUGCCAAUAUUUUUGUUGGACCUGCCACUUUAACUGAAAUCCCAGAGGGCUACACUCCCAAGUACUAUGAAACUCAGAAGCAUCCAAUUUCUCGUUUUAUUGCAAGGUACAUCUUCCCAUCGCCCCAGCAAGAAUACGAGAAAAUGUGCCAUCAUCUCUACGAAGAGAAUGAGAAGGCUCAAAUAAGGGAACUUGAGAAACGGGUCCGUGCAAAAAUGUCCGAACGCAACGAUUACAAAGCCUACUACUAUCGCCCGGCUAUUGCCAAGUACCACAGGAUUUCCAAGGAAGCCGCAGAUCAUUUGGAAUCUCUUCGGGGUGACAAUUAAACCAAGGCUUUAUAUACAUAAUUUCUAUUGAAAUAGUAUAAUACAGAAAUAAACAUAAUACCGUUAUAUUCAGUAAAAUAUGACUAAAAUAA